AUGUCGACUCCUCCAUCACCUCGUAUCGCUCACACUGCUCAGAUCAGUGUCUCGCAAAGGAAGCGCGAUCGACCGACCGCCCUUGAAAUUCCAGACGAGGACAAGCAAGCAUCAUCAGACGGAGAAGUUGGCUACGAGACAUAUCCUCUUUCUGAGGACCAACGCGGGGAACAGCAACAGUUCGACCUGAACAUUCCAGCAGCCGAAGAUGUGUCAGAAUCCGAACAAAACGUCUCGCGUUCAGCAUCCGCCACCUCAUCUCUCGAUCCUUAUUACUUCGGAAUCCAGUCUGAAUCCGAGUCGCCAAUUCCACCUCUCCCUCCGACUUCCACGUACCUAAGCACGACGCCAGAUCAUCAGUCGCCUAAUGAACCUGUCACCCCCGCGCGUAAUCCGGCCAUGAUCGACAGGCGUGGACUUGUUGGUGUUGGUGAGCUUGCAACCCCGCGUUGGGGGCGAGAAGAGAGAGGGGGCGAGCACGACAUCUCGGCGUCCGAGGUCGAUGCUGACGGAUACGAUGUUGUCGUUCCGGAGGAUGUGGAAGAAGAAGAAGAGGAUCAACCUGACAGCCCUUGGACGAUUGAGGCUGUCGAUGGUGAGGCAUCAGAGAAAGAAGAGCUCGCGAAUCUACAGCCCCCGACUCGUACAUUGCGCAACCGGCCGUCUAUUGCUGACGAAAGUGGAGGAGAAGAAAUACUGUAUCCACGGAACCUCAACGGCAUUGGCGCUGAACGCGCUGGACCUUCUAAAGUCAGGGCUGAGCACGGUUCUUCAACAAAGGAACCGAUCGCUGCUCGACCUGUUGAACCAACCGUACAUGAGAACCUUCCGUUGUCACCCCCUAGCUCCUUCAACCAGUCUACUCGGAGAGCUCGGAAACGUACCUCUGAUGAAUUUGAGAUGGACCAAACGGGUUCCUUGGUCUCCAAAUAUUCUGGAUCGUCAUCAUCUGCGAAGGAAAGGGCAAAGGAUGAUAAAUCAUCAGCUCGCAAGCAUCGUAGCCUAAAUAUGGGACCUUCCUCAAGAGACAACAAAGUGAAGGAGCGUCGACGAGAAAGUACUGGUUUAACAAUCAAUAGCAGCCUCAAGUCACCUCCUUCAUCCAAAUCUUCUGAUCGUCACGUUCGCCAAAUCUCUGCCAGCUCGACGUCCUCAAACCACCCAGAUACCUCUCACUCCCGCCGGGUUCAUACCACUGAUUUUUCACAUCUUCCCCCAUCUCCAUCGUCAUCUUCCAUCCAGCAAUUUCUUCGAAACACGGCUACUGCCGUAUCUCAACCUUCAUCAUUACAUCGUUCAUCAAAGGACAAUCUCCAGAUACACUCAUCCCCCAACGUUGCACACUCAUUGCUGCGAGGAACACAGGAGGGUUGGUCAUCUUUAGACGACGAAGCCACGGCGGAAGCUUUACGCAAGCUAGAUGGCCUCUCCGGAAAGGGGGCACGAGCACGAGCAAGUGUUGGUAGCUUCGGACGGCCAUCUAGUGCAAGCAGGCCAGGAACACCUGCAGGCAAAUCUGGGAGCCAGUGGGAGGGGCUUAGUGCUUCAGAUUCGGGCAAAUCAAAGCCUAGCAAUGCCGGUUCCAACACUUCAAUCAAGGAGCAUUCUCGUGGUGGAACAGCAGUCACAAACUCCGAUGUGGUCGACAUUGCAGACACGUCUAUAGUUGCGACAAGCAGCGACGAUCAACUGGUAAAUCCAUCGAUCCUUGAGAAGACUCCGAAGAAGCCAAAUGCAGGCGUGCGCUUGAGCUUCACUCCCAAACGUGGAUCCACCUCUUCUACGACAUACACAAGCACUCCCAGUUCGCGUGAUUCUGCGUCUAUGUCUGCAGCGACAAGUGUCACGUCUAUGUCCGGUGCUUCCGGUCGACAAUCAUCGAACAAAGGCCGAAGGAAUAGCGCAAGCAGUGAUAUAUCAAGCGUUCAUUCCUCUGACGCGGCGUUGAAGGAUCGUGUAGCUUCCAUUGCUGUUAAUGGUGACGUAGCCGACGAAGGCGAUGUUCCGCCCGUCCCGCCAUUGCCAAAAGAUUUGUCGACCUAUCGCUCACCUCCAUCUACGUCCUCUGGUCUUACUUUCCCGCCCAUGCCCCCCGAUGACAAAGAUAGACCAAUGACGAGCGACGGUCAACUCAACCGUACAAUUUCUCUCGAGGUGCCCUCAUAUACGAACUCAGUGGUCUCUCCUCCACCGUCGGCUCGUCGAGAGAGUCUGCUUUUUUCGUCUAAUUCGGGUAAUGAGAGUGCUCCUGUGAUUCUCAAAACGCCCUCGAAGAAGUGGAGUUUUUCAAGCGCCUUGAAUCUCAAAUUGUCUGGUUCUCCUUCGUCUUCGGGCCAGAAAACUUCUUUUCCUCUCAGUCCGCGAUCCAUCACCUUUGGGCAGCAACUUCGGAAAUCAAGUUCGAAGGAUCAACCAAUGUCGUCAUCGUCGUCGAAGAUGCCGUGGUCACCGAACCAACCUGAGGCCAUGGCCUCUGCGGGUUCCUUGACUUCUCUGUCUUCCGUAGGGUCUGUCAGAGGCACCGCACAAACUGUGGGCACCGCUAAGACUCCCGACCGCGGGUUAGUUUCGAGUCGACCAGGCACAGGCUCAAGCGCCAGCACUAAUCACACAACAUCAGCUUUGGCUCCUCAGCCUGGUCCGCUCAGUCCUUCCUCAUCUGUACGCCGUAACCAAUCGAAACGAUUGACCCCAUCCUCCAUACCCUUUUUCCGCCGGUCAUCCUCGCAAUCCAUGCAACUUCCGCCUCAGAAUGGUGCAGCUUCCUCGUCAUCACCCACGUUCCCUGGGAUGCUCUCUACUCAACCGCGUCAGAAGCAGAACAAGUCUCCUGCACAUGAUUACAACUCUUUGUCCACUUCUACUCCAGGAACAACGCACAAGAAGCCUUCUGUCCUUAGCUUAGGCUUGCCCUCUCUCCUGAAGUCGAGCUCUAGAAGGAGUCUCCACGCAGAUUCGAAAGAGGCAAUUAGAGAGGCGCAAAGAGCUAAGGAAGCUGUGCGUGAGGCCGAGAAGGAAAGGCAGAAGCUAGAGAAGGAAAAGCAAAAGAAGGAGGAAAAGGAUAGGAGUGAGAGUCGUAUUUCUGUUAUCAUCAACAGGAAGAGGGGCAAGACAUUAUCGUCCACUGAUCCUAGGAAGCCUAAAUCACCAGUCAAUCUGCCACCCAUGCAGAUCUCAGCUCUGGAACCCGUCACGGCCCAGCGUGUGGCGAAGCUUAAAUCUUCGUCUAAUGCUACCCCUGUCGCUUCGAACUCCAGCCGGGCCUCCGUCUCCUCCUCUCGCUUAACUUCACAGACUAUGAGUUCGAUGCAGAAGCAGUCCGAUACAUCUCUUCGUAGCCGCAAUCAACUUCCGACCAUAGCGGGCUCUCCUUCCGUUGGAACUACAGGGACCAAUAGCUCUCAAACUCUUAAGGAAUCAAGAGAACCCUCAUCGCUGACGAAUUCUACAUCAGGACUUCCUAAAGAGACUCCGACAAAGAUACCCCGCAUCUCCAGUCGAACUUCCGCUGUGAUCUCGCCUCCUCUGAAGAACUCCGGGUCUGCAUUAGCAACGAGACGGGCAAGUGGGCUGGUGACUUCUUCCGCCAAUGCUUCCCCAACCAGUUUUUCCACCAACGAGUUUGGAGUGAUGGAAAGCGAAGAUGGGGCAACUCCUAAAGUUCGACAACCGUCCGUCCGUGGCUCCCCAUCAGCUUCUACCUCUCGCGUUCUUCGUCAGUCCUCUACGGCGGGACCAUCAAGUGUGACCAGCGUUCCGCGGAAGACCAAUCGCGAUUCUGUUUCCUUCAUUGGCCUGCGGAAGUCUUCGACCAAUUCAGUGGCUUCUCUAUCCACUUCCUCGACAGCUCCUGUUACUGAACCUUCGUCUCAUCAUCGAUUCUCGGUCCUAUCUCCUUCAAAAGGUUUGAAACUUUUGGCUCCCAAAAGCAGCGCUAGGGCGCCAGCGUCUGGUCUCAACCAAAAUGCUGGCCAACCAUCAGGAUCACCUUCGUCAUCUCGACAAUCUCUCUCGACACCUUCUCCUGUACCAAGUACUGUCGACGAAGAGGAGCUAUUAGGCGAUGAGGAAAUGAUGCACUAUAUUCGCCGUCAACACGCGAAGAAAUUGGCUGCUGGCUCUACUCAAGAAGAGCUUGAUGAAAUGCUCAAAUUCCCUGAACCCCUGCCACCCGCCACGCCUUCUUCUCCGGCUAGUAUCUUGAAAGGGCCGCAAGCCCACGUUCUUUCAGAAUUUGAGCGCAAGGAGAUCUUGGACUAUCCCUCCGUCUAUUGUGUCGGAGCUAAUAGCAAAAAGAAACUUGCGGUUUUGGACAACCCGACUAACAACUAUGGCUAUGAUGAUGAGCGAGGGGACUAUCUCGUCGUUAAUCAUGAUCACCUUGCCUAUCGUUACGAAGUCAUUGAUAGCCUUGGGAAGGGGUCGUUCGGUCAGGUUCUUCACUGUCGAGAUUACGGUUCCGGGGAGUCAGUUGCCAUCAAAAUAAUUCGCAAUAAGAAGAGAUUCCACCAUCAAGCCCUCGUUGAAAUUAAGAUUUUGGAUAGUCUCCGGAAAUGGGAUGCCGAUGAGAAGCAUCAUGUUAUUAAGAUGACGGAACAUUUCUACUUCCGCAAUCAUCUCUGUAUUGCCAUGGAACUCCUCAGCAUCAACUUGUACGAAUUAAUCAAGGCGAACGGUUUUGUGGGCUUCACUACUGCUUUAAUCCGCCGCUUCACAAGCCAAAUGUUGAUGUCUCUUUCCUUAAUGCGCCACCAUCGUAUCGUUCACUGCGACCUAAAACCUGAGAAUGUACUACUGCGUCACCCAGCGAAAAGUGCUAUCAAAGUGAUCGAUUUCGGCAGCAGUUGCUUCGAACAUGAGAAAAUCUACACCUACAUUCAAAGUCGUUUCUAUCGUUCGCCUGAAGUCAUUCUUGGAAUGAAUUACCACAUGGCUAUCGAUAUGUGGAGCCUUGGCUGUAUCCUGGCGGAAUUGUACACAGGGUUCCCAAUAUUUCCUGGCGAGAACGAACAAGAGCAGUUGUCCUGCAUCAUGGAAGUGCUAGGAGUUCCGGAUAAGGAAUUUAUCAAUCGAAGCUCGAGGAGGAAGCUCUUCUUCGAUUCCAACGGUGCUCCCCGUACCGUCAUAAAUUCGAAGGGCAGGCGAAGAAGACCUGGAACCAAGACCCUGGCGCAAGUUCUUCGGUGUAACGACGAGGAAUUUGUCGACUUCAUUGCAAAAUGUCUCGUGUGGGACCCCGAACGUCGCAUAAAACCUCAAGCCGCGAUGCGACAUCCCUUUGUGACUGCUGGGAGAAAGGUGAAAGUACCUGCGACUACCACUAAAUCUACACCAUCCUCGACUUUGAGCGCCCGGAACAAGCAAGUUAUUGAUACACCGAAGAAAUCUCUUAUCAGUGCUCCGACACCGCUUACUGCCCGUAGCUCGAGGACAACUGUGAAUGGUGGUCCAACCACCCCAAGUAAUUCCCAUUCCCAGACAACCGCCUUGGGUUCUUCUACCUCUCGAUCGUAUCGUUCCUCGCAGGCUCAGAGCAUCUCGUUUAGCUCAAGUCGAACCUUGAGCGGUUAUGCCUCCAAUUCCAACAAAUGA